UAUUUAAUUACCAUAUUCGGACACUAGAGGGCGCUGUUCAGACUUUCUGAAAAGUGCAAAAAGAAAAGCAAGAGACACACACAAAGGAGCUGAUUUUUAAAAGAUGGAGAACGUAGGCACAGCUAGCGAUACCAUGGAGGAAGAAGUAAAGAGUGGGUCUAGUGUUACUCUUACGACAGAAGACGGUCCUAAGGAGGCAGCAGCUCAAGAAGAGAAAAAUUCAGAUGAGAGGCCGCUAAGUGAAGAGGACAAACAGAAACUUGCUAAGAUGCUCAACGAAAGACAAGGAAACGCCAAAAUCAAGAGCGAAUACAUCAACUACACCAAGGUACAUUUGAGGUACGGGUUGGUGCUUUCUGACGAUCAGGCGCCCCGGAAAGCUGAAACAGCCAGCCGUCCAGCAGAAAGCAGAGAUGAACCGAAAAGCAAACGUCAAAAGAAGGCCAGAGGUAUGAACCAGAACCGACCUCGCACCCGAUGGAUACCGGUCGGCGAGAAACUCUGCCCUAAGGUAAUCAACGGGCAGGAGUGUCAAUAUGGGGACCAGUGUAGAUACCUGCAUGACCUGAAGGCAGCGGGGGCAAAGCGGUUGCCUGAUAUCGGAGAUCGUUGCUACAACUUUGAGACGUUUGGAAAAUGUCACUUUGGAGUCUUGUGCCGAUUUGGUAGUUGUCAUCUCACCGAGGACUUUGAGAAUGUUGUUGAGAAUGAGAAGUUUGAGGCAAACUUGAACAAGUCGACAACGUCAAACAGUCUGUCGAUCGAUCUUAAAGUAAAACUACGGAAGCGGAGGGGAACUUUUGAGAGAAGCGAUAAAUUCCUGGCGCAGCUUUCAAACCAGAAGAAAAAUCCAAGAAAGCAAGUUGGUAACAAAGCAGAUGUGAACACAGGUGCAGCGCAAAGUACUACAGGUAGUAACAGUAGUUCACUGGUCCCUGAGCAGCCUAGUGAAGAUGGCAAGAGCAGCAUGAAUAUUCAUCAGCAUGAGACAGCCAAUCAGAGUCAGGUAUCAGCAGCUGAAAAGGAAACAACCAAUCAGAGCUCUGAAGACCCAGGAGUGAGCCUUGUUACUCCUCCAGCGACAGCCAAUCAAGAAGUAGAUUCUAUUGCCGAGUCAAACAAACACUCCUCAUCUGGGGUUGUUACCGAUCAGGAUUUGGUAAAAUUACGAAAAAGUGAAAAGAAAAAAUUGAACGUAGAAGGGAAAUCCUACCUGGCUCCUCUGACAACAGUUGGUAAUCUUCCCUUCCGUCGAGUCUGCAAACGUCUUGGGGCUGAUAUCACUUGUGGUGAGAUGGCAAUGUCGACCAACCUCCUCCAGGGUCAACCGUCAGAGUGGGCACUGCUCAAGAGACACUCAUCUGAAGAUGUCUUUGGUGUUCAGCUUGCUGGGUACUUCCCUGACACUGUCAGCAGGUGUUCUGAGCUUGUCAACACCUACUGCGACGUUGACUUUGUGGACCUGAACGUUGGAUGCCCAAUUGAUCUUGUUUAUAUGAAGGGAGGCGGCAGUGCGCUGAUGGGCCGGACAGGCAAGUUGGAGGAGAUUGUCCGCGGUAUGGAUGCUGUUUUGGACGUUCCUGUGACAGUGAAGAUGAGAGCUGGUAUAUCGGACAAGAAUUAUUUCGCUCACAAGCUCAUCCCAAAAGUAUUUGACUGGGGAGCCUCUGUGGUUACAUUACAUGGCCGGAGUCGUGAACAGCGCUACACUCGAAGCGCCGAUUGGGCAUACAUCAAAGAGUGCGUGGAUGCAGCUAAGCCCCAUCCUGUUAUAGGAAAUGGAGAUAUUCUUUCAUACGAAGACAUGACGGCUCAUUUAGAGAACUCUGGAGCAGCCGGGGUCAUGAUAGCAAGAGGGGCGCUCAUCAAGCCGUGGCUCUUCACUGAGAUCAAAGAGCAAAGACAUUGGGACAUUUCAGCCAAUGAGAGAUUGGAUAUUCUCAGGGAGUACACCAAUUACGGCCUGGAACACUGGGGCUCAGACACUGAGGGUCUUGAGAAGACUCGUCGUUUCCUUCUUGAAUGGCUCUCAUUUCUUCAUCGCUACAUCCCAGUUGGCAUCCUGGAGCGACUGCCUCAGAAGAUUCAAGAGCGCCCUCCUUUCUACGUCGGACGCAACGACUUAGAGACCUUGAUGUCGAGCACCAACUGUAACGACUGGGUCAAGAUAAGUGAGAUGUUACUUGGUCCGAUUCCUGACAGUUUCUUGUUUCUUCCGAAGCAUAAAGCCAACUCUUACAGCUGAAUCAGCUCAGCGUCUUGAUCCAUCAGGAAAAAAAACCCACCGAUCCAUGAACAUCAUCGAUCGACGGCAAACUAUAGACGACUCGGUUUCCAUAACAAGUACACCAAAGUUUAGGGACAUUUGAUAAGUUUCUGAGAAACAAAAUUUUAGUUUUUGAUGAAAUGUUAAAGGGAAGGUAUACGUUUGGUAAUUUCUCUUAAAAUUAAUGGCAAUAAAAUCUUUUGGUUUAUGGAAGCCUACAGCAGCUUUUGAUAAUUUAAAGCAUUUUGAGAAGUAAUGUGGUUUGAUAAAAAUAUCAUUAAUUAUUAAUUUUGAAUCUGUGAAGUGUACAGGGGUGGAUUUCACAAAGAGUUAAGAUAGUCUUAUCUCGAG